UCUGAAGUUUUAAUUGAUCCGGGCUCCGGGGGAAUAACCGAGUAACAAAAAUCACCAGAACUGAAAACUCCACCACUACCAGUAUAGCACCGCUUCCGCUUCGGUUCCUGGAAAGUUUGUGCACUUUGCAGAUCCAAACGGCUUGAUCAAAUUUGGAUCACGAAGGCCGGACGAACAGAUUGGGGCAUGGUGAUCGAGUGAGAAUAACCGGCUAAACGGAGAAAUGAUGGACGUGGAGAGAUCGUCGCUGUGCAAUUGCGUGGUGAAUUUCUUGCUGGAGGAGAAUUAUGUGUUGACGGCGUUCGAAUUGCUCCACGAGCUGCUCGACGACGGCAGGGAUCACCACGCCAUUCGGCUCAAAGAGUUCUUCUCUGAUCCUUCCAACUUCCCUCCCGAUCAGAUCUCCCGCCUCAACUCUCUCCGAGUUGCAGACCCUCAGAGUUUGCUGGAAGAGAAGGAAGCAACGCAAGAAAAAUUGGCGCUCAGUGAAUACGAGUUGCGCUUGGCACAAGAGGACAUUUCGAAACUGAAGUCCGAGUUACAGAAGAGAGUGGACUUACCUCCCCCUCAGUUGACUGACUCGGCGCCUGAUGCAUCUGGGAGUCCAAGAUCGGAUCUUCUAAGGCAAAAAAAGGAUGGGUCUUCCUUUGACUUAGGUGCUCUGAAGAAUAAUGAGCGUAGAGAUCUUAAUUGUGCCGUAAAGGAAUAUCUACGACUGGCGGGAUACCGUCUUACUGCUAUGACAUUUUAUGAAGAAGUUACAGAUCAGAAUUUAGAUGUUUGGCAGAACACACCUGCUUGUGUGCCAGACGCCUUGCGCCAUUAUUACUAUCAGUACCUUUCAUCCACAUCAGAGGCAGCUGAGGAAAAAGUUGCCAUGAUUCGAGAAAAGGAAUCUUUACUAACAGCAAGCGGGAGAUUGAAUGAAGAAAAGGACAGGCUGCUGAAAAACAAGGAGUUGGCUGAUAAUCAAAUAAGUGGUUUAACUAAAUCAUUAGAAGCCCUUCAAAAGGAUGUCAAGGACAAGGAUAACCUGAUAAAACGGUUGAAGCAGUCACUGGAGCACCAAAGAAAGGAACUCAAUGACUGCAGGUCAGAAAUCACUUCAUUGAAGAUGCAUAUUGAGGGAUAUCGUUCUGGUAGGAAUGUGGCGGCUAGUGAUACUGACACUGCUGAAACACAGUCAGUUGGGAAGUACAAGGAAGAAAUAAAGAUUUUGCUUCUAGAAAUUGAGAAGUUGAAAUCUAAAAAUACCACUUCUCCUGAGUCUGAGGAAAGCACGGAGUCUGGUAAAGAGUCUGAGCAACUUGAAGAGAAGGUUGUUGAGAUUGACGAAGAGAAAACUCUAAUCUCUCAUCCGACUGAUGCUGCAAGGGUUAACCAAGAUGUUCCCCCACCUGAUGGAGACAUGAGUAAGCCUGAGGGAAUUCCACAGGAUAGUACAGUAAGUCUUACUGACAGAGUUAACUCUGUUGAUGAAAGUCCAAGAAUCUCGGAACAGAAUGGUGAUGUCUCGUUACCAGCUCCUGGUCUUCCUGUUAAAUCAGACAACCUAGGUUGUGAUGGAUCAUUAAAAGAUACGGGUUCAGAGACUAUUCAAAUCCUUGCUGAUGCUUUACCCAAGAUUGUUCCCUAUGUUUUAAUAAAUCAUCGAGAGGAGCUCCUCCCUCUUAUGAUGUGUGCAAUCGAGCGUCAUCCAGACGGCAGUACUAGGGAUUCAUUAACUCAUACAUUGUUUAAUUUGAUUAAACGUCCGGAUGAGCAGCAGAGACAGAUCAUAAUGGAUGCAUGUAUUAGCCUGGCUAAGAAUGUUGGUCAGAUGAGAACAGAAACAGAACUACUUCCUCAGUGUUGGGAACAAAUAAGUCACAUGUAUGAGGAGCGCAGACUGCUUGUUGCUCAAUCUUGUGGACAGAUUGCAGAAUUUGUGAGGCCUGAGAUCCGGGAUUCUUUAAUUCUUUCUAUAGUGCAGCAACUGAUUGAAGAUGCUGCGACUGUUGUUCGAGAUGCUGCUGCUCAUAAUUUGGCUUUGCUGCUUCCACUAUUCCUAAAUGCGGACAAAUAUUUCAAGGUUGAAGAGUUGAUGUUCCAACUGGUUUGUGAUCCCUCUGGGGUGGUGGUCGAAACUACACUCAGGGAGCUGGUUCCUGCAGUAAUAAAAUGGGGAAACAAUUUAGAACACGUUUUGAAAGUUUUGCUGUCUCAUGCCUUAAGUUGUGCUCAGCGUUGCCCUCCUAUUUCUGGUGUUGAAGGCUCACUGGAAUCCCAUCUACGGGUCUUAGGAGAACGUGAGCGUUGGAAUCUUGAUGUUCUACUGAGAAUGCUUAUAGAGUUACUUCCACUAAUCCGUCAAAAGGCAGCAGAUACUUGUCCAUUUUCUCCUGUUUUGGAGUCAAAUGACAACAUCUUUUCCGAUGCCUUGCUGGAACUGUAUGCAGGGGGACAUGUGGAAUGGCCUGCGUUUGAAUGGAUGCAUGUGGAUAGCUUUCCUGUUCUGAUGCAGCUUUCCUGCAUGUUACAUCAGAAGGAGGACAAUCUGAGAAACAGAAUUACAAAGUUUUUAUUAGCUGUAGGACAAAGUUAUGGGGAUUCGUAUCUGGUUCAUAUAAUGCUGCCUGUAUUCUUGGUAGCAGUCGGUGAUGAUGCUGACUUUACCUUUUUCCCUUUGGCUAUACAUUCGAGAAUCAAAGGUUUGAGGCCUAAAAGUGCUGUUGCUGCCAGACUGGCUACAACGUGUGUUCUACCACUUCUUUUGGCAGGCGUUUUAGGUUCUCCCAGCAAACGUGAUCAGCUAUCAGACUACUUGAGAAAGCUGUUAGUUGAUAACUACCUGAAGGAGAAUCCAUCAACUAGACGCUAUACUGAUGUCAUUGAUGCUGUUCGGUGUCUGUGUACUUUUGAACAGCACCAUGGCAUGAUAUUCAACAUCUUGUGGGAAAUGGUUGUUAGCUCCAGCGUGGAUAUGAAAAUCAAUGCUGCCAAUCUGUUAAAAGUCAUCGUACCAUACAUCGAUACAAAGGUUGCUUCGACCCACGUGGUACCUGCCCUGGUAACUCUAGGGUCUGACCAGAACCAGAAUGUGAAGUACGUCAGCAUAGAAUCAUUUGGAGCUGUGGCACAACAUUUUAAGAAUGACUUGAUUGUCGAUAAGAUACGAGUUCAAAUGGAUGCCUUUCUCGACGAGGGAUCACAUGAAGCUACCAUUGCUGUUAUCCGAGCACUAUCAGUAGCUGUGCCACAUACAACUGAGCGACUUAGAGAUUAUAUCCUCAUCUUUAAGAAUCGUCAUUACUUACAUCAAUUUGUGUUCUGUACAAAUUACCACUGUAGGCUCGUCCACUUGUUUCCCUAACGUUUCACACAUCUGCUUUCAAAAAUUUCCCACUUCUCAGCCGUCCCAACAUCACCAAGUGACAUUACCCGUCGCGGGGAGAGGGCUAAUGCAUUCUGUGAAGCAAUUCGUGCCCUGGAUGCCACAGAUCUCUCGGUAAACAGUGUGCGGGAGUACCUGCUGCCGGCGAUACAAAACAUGCUAAAGGACCCAGAAGCCCUGGACCCAGCUCACAAGGAAGCCCUUGAGAUAAUAAUGAAGGAAAGAUCAGGGGGGACCUUGGAAACCUUCAGUAAGGUGAUGGGAGGUCAUCUGGGGACUGGGAUAGCAUCAUCAGUAACCAAUUUAUUCGGGGAAGGCAGGCUGUUAGGUAAGAAAGAAACUGCAGAAUCAUCGCCACAACAGUCAGCGCCUCCAUCCCCAAAGGAUACCACUGUACCUCCCCAACCAGCAGAAGACACGAGAUUCAUGCGAAUCAUGAGGGGCAACUUCACUGGCGUGCUGAGGGGUAAAGGGAAGAACCCAGAUGAAGCACCUCGUUAGGAGCUGACAUUGACUUCUCUUAGUUCUCUCAGACAAGCAUGAAAAUUUUGAAAGCCUUUUUCUACCUAUCGCGCACAGGAAUGUUAAGGAAUAGAUGUCGAUGAUUUAAGAUUUGAGAACGUAGACAUGAAAGGAUCGAUCUAUACGAGAGCACCUAGUGCUUUAUUUGUGAAAAUUCCUGUCAUAAGUCGGUGUUCCUUUUUCCAGCAUUCAUUUAUUGGACUUCCUGUGCAGCCAGUUACAAAUGUUUAGUUCCUUGUGACUAUCAGUAGGUCUUCUUUCUGAACGGUCUUAUGAUAGUAUGAUUUUCUUUUAUCAGAACCUUACAAUGACUUUAUAUCUUGGUUAGUUGAUAAUUUGAUUGGU